GUGACAUUGGUUGUAGGUGAAUGGUGAACUUGUUUUGUUUUGUGCGAUUUGGUGAAAUUGUUGUAGGUUAUAAUGUAAGACAAACGAGCUUUAAUCAUUCGUCUUGCCCAAUACGAAGUAAAUGUAUGAUAUGCUCCACCAUUAUAACUAUUCCAACACGCUGAACAGAUUCUUGUCCGGUUACCAUCACCAGCUCGACGAUCCCAAUGGAAAUGACCAUGAAAAUCCUCUUUCGGGACUUUGCGACGAUUCGACAGCAGAAGAAGAACCGAGAUGUACCAGCAACUCUUCAGCUACAAGCAAGUCCUUCACGAUAGCAGCGAUUUUGGGACUGAACAACAAUGAAAAUAGUAAUUUGUGUAGCUCCUCAACAGAUCUCAACGUUGUAAAUUUAAGUGUACAUCAAGGCAAUCCUGAUCGCCCGUUUGUGUCAAAUAGACUUCAAUUAUCAGUGAAUCAGCAUAACUCCUUCGUCCCGUCAAGCCACUAUCCAGUGUCUGGACAUGGAAUACCUUCAUCAAAAGCUAGCAUUCGCAGUGGAAAACACAUAUCUUCUAAUAUUCUACAAAACAAGAAAACAUGCAAAGGCAAAAGAGUAAGAACAAUUUUCACUCCAGAACAACUAGAACGUUUGGAAGCGGAGUUUGAGAAGCAACAAUACAUGGUUGGGCCUGAGCGACUUUAUUUAGCGCACACACUACAACUUACAGAAGCCCAAGUUAAAGUGUGGUUUCAGAACAGGCGCAUCAAAUGGCGCAAGCACCAUUUGGAAUUAACACAUCAGCGGCUUGCGGUCCUUAAACAGCAGCAGCAGCUCUUGCUAGACGAGGCGCAGCCCGACGUGCAGGAUACGAACAGCUCGGAGGCCGAUACGUGAAAGACUUUGACGUUUGUGGGUAACAUUCGGUUUAGAAAGGGUUUAAAGCUGCAGGUGACCUUGAAAUGUUAUUUCAUACAGGGUACUUUAAGAAAACCAUCAAGAUUUUUCUAUGCAAAUUUAUUUUUUUUGUUUUAUUAAAUGAAUUGAAUGAAUAAGUUAAGGAAGAAAUAUAUCAACAAAAAAAAUUGGCAACAAAAUGUAAAUA